GCUUCACACGUGCGCGCAAUGAGCCUCCCGAGCCAAGCGCGAGCAGAGCGGAGUGCGCGCGCCGCGUCUCCUGGACUUAUAAAACAAAAACAAGAGAAAAACAAUAAAAGCAGAGGGAGAGAUGGGACUCGAAAAAGAGAAAGCAGAGACAUGCGUCUUCAUGGAUGAAGAUGUGUUUCACAGCACGAUCGAGCCCAUUCUUAAAAAAAAGAAAGAGAAAGCGCGCGCGCCGCUACUGGACCGGGACCCUCGAGACAUUAACGCACACUUAAAGGUAGACUUUGAGGACGUGAUCGCCGAACCCAGCUCCGUGCACAGCCUGGACUCGGUGUGGAUCGGCAGCCACGCGCUGUUCGAGCUCAUAAAGUUCAGCUUUUACCGGGUCCUGACGACGCUGCUGGCGAUCCCGAUGGCCUUAGUGGCAGGCCUUGUUUUCGCCAUCCUCAGCUGCGUACAUAUUUGGGUGGUGAUGCCGCUGGUGCAGAGCUGCAUGAUGACGUUGCCCUCGGUCCAGGUGAUCUGGUCCAGCCUGAUGGACACGUUUGUGAGGCCGGUGUUGCGCAGCGCCGGCAGGUGUCUGUCUUCCAUCAGCAUCAAGAGCUGCAAAGCUGACGUGCUUUAAACGCUUUCGGACCAAUCCGUCGACUUGCACACGUGCUCCUUAUGAUGUGUUUUUGUUUGUGGAGGAGUUGGAGGAGAUCCCAGACCUGAUCAAUCACACCCGAGUCGUCUUCCUGCUCAGCUCGAUCACGUGUGUUUGCUUUGGCCUGGGAUCAAACGUACGCUUACACUAAAAACAACCUGGCUCUCCGGUGAGAUGACUGAACGUCUACGCAAUAUAAGGAAGCGUUUAUACACUAACAUCAAAUUUGUCUCUCCUGGUGGACAACAUCAUUAGGUCAAAUACUUUCACACGACUUUUAAUAUAUAUUUAAUAUAAAUAUGCGAUCGAGCUUUUGUAAUGUAUAUGAGAAGAGUUUUAUAUGUGUAUAGAAGUAUAGAGAUGCUUUUAAAAAGCCAACUUAGUACAGACUACUUCCUGUUUCCUGCCUCAGUUAAUAUUUAUACUUACACCAAAGCACUGCUGAAUUCUCAAAUCUGAUUGGUCAGAAAGUGUUGACUACUUUUACAUUAAUGCACUCGUUCUGAUACGUUAUCGUUUCUAUAGCAACAGCUCAUUCACACCGACUUGUACUGCGGCCGCUUCACGUAAACCGAUUAAAAAAUAAUCGUUGAUACGGUAAAGUUUUCUGUAAGGAGAUGGUUAUUUAACGUUUAUGGAAGGAGUCUCCAGUGCCAGCGCUCUGCAACAGUCAAACGUAAAGCUGGAACUUUAAGUUUUCUGAGGAGUUUAUGCUUUGUGUAAACAAGCUGCGUUUUUUUUUGUCUAAUUAACUUGAAGAGAGGGGAAUAAAGAGAGGCUGGUGAGGGAACGACAGCUUAUAGCAGCUAUAACGUAAGUACGAACAGGAACUAACUUGUUUUGCGGAUGUUCAGUAACUUUAAAUGUAACUAUAAAUGGAUAAAAACGAUGACAAUUCCUUCUUUCAUUAAAACAAAACAUUUUAAUUUAAUCGUUGGCAAAAUGCUGUGGUGCAAAAGGAAGAAGACACCUUGAGACAACUUAUACUAUAACAUAAUAUUUGCAGUAUUCACUAUCAAAGAUAUUAUUUUUCUGUGAUAUUUCUGAAAUUAAUGGUUUUAAUUAUUCUCACACGACUGUCAUAACAUUCCAAAAAAAAUAAUGUAAUGAUUUAUUUUAACCAGUACUGUAUUUUAUCUUCCAGUCUAUUUGCUUUGGAAAUAUGCACUUGAAAUACCGCCUGCUCUCGACUAUGUGUGUGUGUGUGUGUGUGUGUGUGUGUGUGUUUCAAUAGCCUCUCAGAAAGAAAGGACGGCUUGUUUGUGCAGUGGAACACGAAGCGUUCAGGUGUAUUUUUUUUUUCUCUCCUCCACCCUAUUCAAUGACGUAAUGUAGCAACAAUCCAGAGCGCAGCAGAGAACACCUCGGAGAGCAGGAGUCUCUCCGUUCACUAAAUAAAAGGUCGUUUUUUUGACGUGACACUCUUGUCGUUGUUCCUUUUUCUCAGCUGUGACUGAGAAAAACAUUACGCACUCUUUGUUUUUUCGCUGCAGGUGGCAAAGCUCCGUCAGUUAUGUGCUUAAACAAGGGCUUGUUAGCCGGAGGGGUGUUAGCAGCGUGAGGAGUGAGAGAGCGAUAGAGUAAAACGUAGCAUAGAGACGCUAUAGAUCAGCCUCGGGUUGUCUGCGUACGAGUGUGUACUGAAUAUUACACAGUGGAGGGGUGAUGAUGAAGGUGGAUUAACACUAUCUGGUCAUCUAAAUUUUUUGUUAUAUACAGUACACACUCAGGGAAAAUAGUAUGCUUAUUUGUUGUACCUUUAUUAUGUGUAUUUCACCUGGAAACGUGGAUGUAGUGAACAUUUAAAACUAGUUCCAGGUGCUACUUUGCGACACUAAAAGUUCCAAAAGGUGUACGCUUGAUAGUACCAUUCCAGCGCGAAAGAAAAAAGGACAGAGCACUCUUUUAUUCCUGAGAGUGUACUUUUAUAUUGCAUUUCACAUAUUGUAUAUAAAGAGUUUCCAUUUCCGUUCUGAGUGGAAAAAAAAAGUUGUCCACCCAUUCUAGCUGCUAUAACAUAAGUGCCAAUAGGAACAAACAUGUUUUGUGGAUGAUCCUCAACAUUAAAAGUAACUUUAAAUGGAUAGAAAGUAUGACAAUUCCUUCUUUCAUUAUUAUUUGUUUUUUUUUUUUGCAAAUUGCUGUGGUAUAAGAGGAAUAAGACACUUUGGAACAAUUUUGGCGUCUAUUCUUUUAUUCCUUACUUAUACUAUAAUACAAAAUUACAAGAAUUUUCACCAUCAAUGAUAUUAUUUUUCUGUGAUAUUUCUGAAAUUAAUGGUUAUAGUUAAUAUACAUUAAAAAAAAACGGUGUAAUGAUUUAUUUUAAUGAGAACUGUAUUUUAUUUUACAAUCAGUCUACAACCACGUCACAUGACCUGGUCACAUGCUAUUACUCUCCUGUCAAUCACACUGACCUUUUCUGUGUUUCCCCUUUAAUCAGUGUCCCAAACUUAUGUUACAAUAUUCCUUUGUCUUGUUGCUUAGUUGCUGUUGUAUGUUUCCUAGUUCUUGUUUUGCUCAGGCUGUGACUCUUGGUUUGACUUUGUAUGUUUUGUGUGUUUGUUAUAUAAUAAACUGUCCGCACUUGCAGAA